AUGUCUGAUAGAAUGGAUAUUGAUUCAGGAGAUCCUCUCACCACAUUGAUCACCCUUCGAGAGGAAAUAGAGCCUACUGAUGAUGCAGAUUUGAUCGGUGCAUUUUACAAAUUGGAAGAUUUGUACGAGCGAAAACUUUGGUUCCAGCUCAGUGAGCUUUUGGAAAACGAUGUGUACAAGAAUGAACACUCGGAAGGAAUCAGACUUCGUCUUUUUGAGAAUUUCAUCAUGAGUUUUGGCGACAAGUUGAAUCAGCUCAAGUUAGUGCAAUUUCUCUUGUUGUCGAUCGAACAAUGCACACCAGAGGACUCGCUUGAGCAUUUGAAGAUGCUCAGGCAAAAAGUUACCGAUUACGGGUUGAAAGAGUCGAAAAAAGUCGUUGAGGAGGAUAUAAACGACAAUGAGGUGAUUCAGGCUUUGAUUUUCGUCGAAGUUGAGACAGCCAGAGUGAAAUUGGAGAUGGGAAAUAUAGAUGAGGCCACAGCAAUUAUGGAUGAGUGUCAAAAGAAGAUUGAUAAACUAACAAGCUCGGUUGAUAACAGAGUCAAUGCCAGUUAUUACGGCACAAAUGCUAAAGUCAUGCAGAUAAAUGGAGAUUACAGCUCUUAUUACUACAGCUCACUUCUCUUUUUGGCAUGCAUCGAGAACAUAGAUGAGCUUGGAGACAAGGAGGACAUCGUUCGGAAAAUUUGCAUUAGUGGUUUGUUAGGAGAUCGAAUCUACAACUUUGGAGAGAUCAUAACCCAUGAGAUAUUCAAAUAUUUGAAAGAUGAGUGGCUGAAGAAGCUGGUGAUUGCCUUGAACAGCGGCGAUUUGGAGGUUUUCGAGCAGAUCGUGAGUUCCGGUGAGAUCCAGAAGAUUCCAGAGCUUUCUUCACACAUAGAGUUUCUAAAGCAAAAGGUUUGCAUCAUGGCAUUGAUAGAAAUCGUUUUCAACAAGCCUACAAACAACAAAACGGUCAGGUACAGCGAGAUUCUAAAGAGUAUCCCUGCAUUGAAGGAUGCAAAUGAUGUCGAGAUGAUGGUGAUGAAGUGUUUAUCGUUGGGGUUGAUCAAAGGACACAUUAACGAGGUGUCUUCUGAAGUUGAGAUCAACUGGAUUCAGCCACAUACCAUGACUAUGGAGCAGAUUGGUCACAUGCAGAACAAAAUGACUUCUGGAGUGAUCGUGUCAAAGAGCUUGGCUCAUACAUGUCAAAGGCGGGUAAAGGCUUAUGGGUGUGAAGUUUAG